AUGGCUGAGCGAUUGCAGCAAAUUCAUCAACAGCUGGAACCUAGUGAUCCAGUCACCGGCCCCGAUCGCUUAGACGGACAGGUGGUGAUAAUCACUGGGGGUGCUCAAGGAAUCGGAAAAGCGACCGCCUUGCUAUUAGCCCAAAAAGGAGCAAAAGUAGCUAUCAAUGAUUUGGACCGAGAAAAAGCAGACGAGGUUGUAAGGGAGAUCCGUCAACUCCAAGGCCAAGCGGAAGCAUUUCCUGGAAACGUCCUCGACGAUAAGUUUCCGCAACUGUUGGUGAACAGCGUGCUGCAGAAAUGGGGGAGGAUCAACUGCUUGAUCAACAAUGCCGGUUUCUGUCAUGAUAGCGCGAUCCAUAAAAUGGACGAUGACAAGUUCGACAUCAUUAUGAAAAUCCAUAACUACGUUCCGUUCCGCAUCGCGCGAGCACUGUCGGGACACUGGAUGGACCCAGCGAACAAAGCCAUGCCAAAGACAAUAGUCAAUGUGUCUUCUACAUCCGGUCUGCAUGGCUCAAUGGGACAGAUUAACUACGCAACAGCCAAAGCCGGUGUUCUAGGGCUCACGAAAACCAUAGCAGCGGAAUGGGGCCGAUAUAAUGUUCGGGCCAAUGCAGUGGCAUAUGGCUGGAUCGAUACACGCAUUACGCGCCCGCCGACCAAGUCGGAGGCGAUGACACUUGGAGGUCAAGCCAUCAAACUUGGGAUCCCAGAAAAUGCGAAGAAAUGGCGAGAUGUUUCUGAUAUCCCGCUAGGUCGGCCUGGGUCGGCGGAUGAGGCCGCGCGGGUGAUACUAUUCCUGGCGAGUCCACUGUCUUCGUAUGUUACUGUCUUGCUAACUCCUUACUAUCCGAUCAUGGAGCAAUCUAUCGACGAAAGCAAUAGCUCAUACCGUCCAGAAUCGGCCGAUUCUCCUCGCAGCCCGAUAGACCAUGUCGCUUCGCCUUCGCGGACAACAAACGGAAAGCGACUAAAAUAUAUCGGAAAAGCAUGCCAGGAUUGCCAGCGCCGCAAAGUGAAGGUGCGACUCCCCACACUAUCCCUGUCACUUUGGCCAAAGACUUUCUCACACCCUAGCGCCCAGUGUUCCGGGGAGGAGACCUGUCGCAAUUGUCGCGAUAGAGGCCAGGAAUGCGCAUACAUGCCUCAGACUCGGCGAGGCCGGAAGCAAGGGACGAAAAGGAGCCUUUCGAGUGGGAGCGAGAGGAAACAGCAGAGAAUUGAACCAAAUGACAUACAUUUUGAUUUUUGCAAACCGCCCUUGCCCGGUACCACGACGAGGAGUGAUCCGUCUGGGGACUGGAAUGAUGAAGCCGAUGCGUACGAUAUACAGGAAUCCCGCCCGAGAAGUGUUUCGUUGUCCUCUCAGCUUCUAUGUCUUCGUGAACUUACACAACCACAUAACAAGGGACGAAAAUGUGCUCCCGCUGGACGAAAAACGCAUGAGGCGCCAGUGUUCUCGGUAGAGCUUCCUCGCCCUGGCAGACUACAUGCAUUAUUAGAUGUGUACUUUCGUGAUCUGGACUCUUUCUUCCCAUUCAUCAAGCGCGAUGGAACUCAGGCCCAGAUCGAAACAAUACUGCACAGCCUGGGUCAUUCUGAUAAUCAGCAUAUUGUCGAUGUGAAAUUAGGGGAGUACUCGAUAAUUGCCCUUCUUUGCAACAUGUUAGCUAUCGCCGAGUCCUUUUGUGCAGCCCGACCCUGGUCAUAUGAAAUACGUCCUGGAUGGUCCCUGUUUCUUCGAGGCCGCAAAUUGAUUCAGCACUGCUCAUCACUGAAGCAUAUUGACAUUCACCUUAUUCAAUACCAUGCCCUCAGCUCCGAGUAUCUGAUGGAGUCAGAACUUCUUCAUGAAGCGUCAAGAGCUAUUUCAAACGCAGCUCAGCUUGCCAUGCGGACCCGACUCAAUGAAGAAAGAGUCUGGAACGCUCUUCCCGAACAGGAAAUUCAGAACCGCAAGAGACUGUGGUGGACAAUAUAUUUCCUUGACCGCAAAAUUUCACAGCGGACAGGAAGCCCAUACGUCAUUCGCGACACUGAAAUCGCAUUGUCCGAGUUCUCUCAGCAGCCAACUACGAGAACAGAUCGCUAUAUGCAGGUUUUAGUAGAUCUUGGUAAACUAUGGUCUCUGAUCUGGGAUACAUUCUUUGCCGCUGUAGCUCUAAAGCCUCAAGACUGGAAGGAAGUGGAGCUUAUGGACACUCGCAUUCUAAUCGUCCAGAGAGAGCUGGCAAGCGAGCUGACAUGGGACACAGAUCUCCUUAAACGAGUGUAUUUGGAGCAACAAGAAUCAGAGCCUUACAUCCGCCGGCGGCUCGCGAUUUUUAUUAGAUUGAACCUUUUACGCCUGACGAUCCGGCAGAAUCCAAUUCAGAAGCGUCAGGACACUCGAGGUCACAGCAUUUGUGUCUCGCUCGCAUCGAAGACUGUGGAUGCCAUUGCUGCCUUCACUAAUAGCUGUCCUAGUGUUAUCCCCUGUGGAUUCUUCUUUAGCACUGCAUUAGUGGAGUGUAUCUAUCAUCUUAUCCUAGCCAUGCGGGCGACACCAACGGAGAAGGAACAUGAAGCCAGUAUCCAGUCCUUCCAGCUUGCCUAUCAGCUACUCGAUAGGUUCUCGCAAGCUCUGGACACAGCCAAGCGAGCCCUUCGAGCCUUGAACUCUGUGGUAUCCUUGGCUGCCAUAACAAACUCACAUUCCGUUGAAGGUCCAAGCCCAGAUCUCGACACAGAAGAGGAUCGUACAAUAGAUCUGAGCUUCAGUGUCCCCGAGACCAUAGACUUUUUUGAUCCUAUGUCGUGGCAGAUUGAUGACAUUCCGUUGGAUGUAGUGGCACUGGUUUCUUCGAUGGGCGAAAUGGGAGAAAAUAAUGUAAAUGGCGCCGUUGCGAAUGGAAGGUCUGAACAGUCUCUGGCUCCUGAUUUGUGUCUUUGGAAUUGUGAAUACGGCAUUGAUCCUACCUCUAUCAACCUAUAA